AUGACUCACCCCAAAUCAAAGCGCUCGAAAGGCGCCGGUCAGCAUGCCGAUGCUAGCCUAGCUCAUGAGGCUACGAUCAAUGAACAUAAUGAUAUCGACGAACACAAGGAGGCCAGGGAACCAUCUCCGUCAGAUUCCAUCCAAUCUCAAAAUCCGGGGAUAAUGGACAGAUCUACACUUGACUGUGAGUCACAGGAAAUGCUGGCAACACAAUUCCCUAUGCAAUCACCACCAAGGCCCUUUUCUGCACAUUCUAUUCAGUCACAAGGUGCCAAUGUGGAGGAGUCCUCUAUUUCACCCUCCAAAUUGCAAGACGGACAAGAAGACCAAGAAAAGUUAUCGACCCAGGCUCUACCAAGAGAGCCAAAUUACUCUAUACCGAAUAUAUCUGUUUUCAAAACAGCUAUGUCCGAUGGCUCAAACAAGACAAUGGCUCUUUUACAACACCUCCGAGCUGGCAAAAAAGACGCCGCCCAAGAAAAGGCGCGAUUACACCAAAUCCAAACUCCAACUACAACCACGAAACGCGGUUUGACUAUAAAUGCACUAUUGAACCCCGAGGAAGACCCUGAGAUUCCUGGUGACAUUGCAAAUAAUGAGGCUACAAUCCUAGUGCCCUCGAUCCUCUCGAUCCCCACGAACCCAUCGCAUCGGCAAUCUGGCCUGGCUCAGGGGUCUCCUCCUUCGCAACCGCACCCUAUUCCUCCUUCGGUUCAUCAAAAAAGGAGCUCUGUCACCCCCGAGAAACGUCCUAGUUCAGCACAUCGUGAUGUUACUGAUAUAACGCCGAUAGUAAAUGACCCGGCCAUUUCAGCCAAUGUCACUAUCAAAACCAGCACGACGGAGCCGAUCGAACCGGCACGUAAACGUGAUAGAUCCGAGUCGGAUCAUCCCUGGGCUGGUAUGCACAAAAUUAGGCGGAGAGAUGUCAAGAUUCCUCCAGACCAGGGAGCCCUCUUUGAUAGUGGGGAUUCUUGGAUACCUCCCGAUGUAGGCCAUCCUACUCCACAAGGUCAUGUUCCUCUAGCCUUACUUCAGGAAUGGAACACACGGAUGACACGCGCCAAGGAGGCAGUUGAAUCUCCUAAAAGCCUACAGUCUGCCCAGGAACAGGAAGUGGCAGACUCGCCAUUACCCUCCCAGUUCGUGCCACAGUCAGAAGAUGAAAGCGAGUCGGAUCCAGAAUCCCGAGCUUCAUGGAGUGCAAGCCCACCUGAUCACCUACGGCGUUUGGCUGUGCCACCAGAUAGCAGUCCGGUAGGGCAGCCCAGGUUCCCCGUCACAGCAGGCUACCAACGCCGAAACCAGGACAAGGACACGGAAAGGUAUGCUAUCGAUACCAAUGGCAAUAAUGGUGACCUAGAAAGGGUUUCUCAAACACCUCGAAAAGUACAUAAAGUCAACGGUGUCCAAGAAACGAACGACGCCAAUGAAGAUGACCAUACCGAAGAGAAAGAUUUACCCAUGGAUGAUUCACCUAUCAAGGAUGAUAAUCUGGAAAGGGAUGAACAGCAAAACAUGGACAAAGAUGAAAUGAGUGAAGAAUCUGACAUGGAAAUCUCUAUUCCACUUGCAUUGGAUGCCAGCGCUCAAGAAGAUAUCGCUAGUCAAGUUGAGUCAUAUGAGAUAGGCGAUUCGGCUUUGUCAAAUUCAAGUUUAGCACCUAUCAGCAGUUCCGCACCUACCGACAAGAUUCAAAUACAAAAUACACAAUCAGUUGGUGUUCAUGCAUCUACGAAAAGCGGUUUCAUACAACCAUCAACAGCUCCACAGAGUUCGUCUGAUGGGAAUAAAUCAUCCUCGCAAGUGAUUGCAAACUCUGUGGAUAGCAAGGGAAAACGUUUCAUAGUCCAUGAAAAUGAACCAGGAGCCACAGACGACUCUCUGGUGGUAGACUCUCAAAAUACCAAUUCUGAUGAGCCCCAUUCCAGCAUUCCUUCUCAUCAAGACAGCCAACGCAUCUUGGAGGUUGUCACUAGCAGCUCUCUUUUCUCCAUAGGGUUCCAAACGCAGGACUAUAUGGAACUUGACGAGACGGGAAACGAAACGACACAAAGUGGUUCUAGGGGUUCAGCCGUCGUGCCCUCUGCAAUAACUUUGAAACGAAAUGCCGAACAUUUUGAGUAUGACGAAAGCCCAUUGAAACGUGUUGUUAAACGCGCCGUGACUGAUCGAAAUAUGAUCAGAACACAGCAAAGUCCAAUUAGUACAGCAAUCAAGCAAAAAUUACUCGACGAUAAAUACCGACAUACUUUUGACGUGACACCCGACGGAGCUCCUAGGGUCUUUGAAAUGUUCAAGAAAUCAUACCCGGCAUACACGGGUGAAUUUCUACACUUCAAAAAUCUCUGUUGCAAGUUGCAUUUACUGCGCCGUGUUGGGCUGCUACAGAACUAUUUCUUUUGGGAUGACUUUAUUAUGAGACACAUUGGAGACUACGGCACCUAUGUGCAAAAUUGUGUCUCUGCCGGUAGACACUGGGACGACUAUGAAGACUACUUUUGCUCCAAUUUCGUCACCAAGCCCUCGUUCAAGAAACGAAGUCUUGUCCCGCAUACGCUUGAUGCCGUUAUCUCAGAAUCCGAUAUUAGACCGAGCAGUCCAGUUAUGGUCGACAUGGAGACACAAGUCGACAUGGACCGUGUAACAAAUGCCCGAAUCUCUUCUGGCAAGCCGCAUAUGGCGGAUGUUGCUGUCGAGGCUACGUUUGAGAGCCAAGACAUGAUGGCAGUUGACUCUGGUACCUCGCCCGGAUAUAGAAACUCGGUCCAAAGAGACGAGCCAAGCCAACUGGGUAGCACCAAAAGACAACGCACCACCGCCAAAGACAAUUCUAAUAUAUUUGAGUUUUCUGGGACAUUGAACUCAGAGAUGCGUGGAACGGCAAGCCUGGAGCUCGGAGGUGACUCCUCAAAAGGAAACGAGACCCGUCAUAGCCACAAAGCCACGGCGGCUUUGAUUACAAGAAUGCAGAAAGAGGAUCGACACGGUGUCCGAACUCUAAUCAGAAAUAAACAACGCCCACAGCGUUUUUUGAACGAGCUGCGCCACGAUGCCGACACUCCGUUGAGGACUUGGGCUCGUGCGGAGCAGAACGUGGUGUCUGAGCGUCGGCGUCGUGGCGGUUGGCAGGUACCGUGCGAUGAGAGUGGAAAUAUUGAGCUUGAAGAAUAUCCCCGCACCGGUUGGGAGAAUGGAAGGCAGACUCGGGGGUGGGCAUGGCGAGCAUCCACCGAUUAUUCAUGA